AGCCUUAGAGAGAGACGAACAUACCCAUACUUAAGUGCGGGCACCCUCGCCUGUCUCUGGCUAACUCCAGAAAGACUUCCAGCUUCCGCCUUUUGGUUCAAAUCUUCUAGCCGCGUAUCAUUUGAACGUACAUUUCUACCUUUUCACUGCUGCACAAGAUGCAGGGACAUCUCCCUCAGGCUUUCCCCUUUCCAUCCGACAACGGGUCAGAGAUCCAACUCGUCAAUGUAGGGGUGGCGGACAGAGCUCCUGCGGAUCGCACGUAUCGUGAGAUCAGCGACAGCCAUAGCCUCGGUCUCACACAUCCAGCUUUCAUGCACGCAAUCUCCACAGGAGAGAAAGCGUGCUCAAAAUGCGGAAGGACCUUCAAUCGAGAGGACGCCUAUCGAAGGCACUUGCGCGAGGGGUGUCCGAGUCGACGUUAGAUUCCUUUCGAUUUACCCCUCGACUGCAAGCAUAUUCACGAGCGUGACAGUCUAGUGGGCGAUG